AUGAAUGAUAUUUGUUACCCCAAUAAUUGUAGUAUUACCUAUAUCAAUAGUAAUGGUGUUAUAAGCACAAGAGAUAUUAAUGAGUACCAUAUUGAAGAGAUAAAUGAAAAUAUAAAUGAUCAGAAUAAUAGCAAUAAUAACAAUAAUAAUAAUAGUAAUUAUGUUUUUUGUGAAAAUGAUUUAGAUAAUAUUAAAAGCAUUGUUAUAAACUUGAAACCUUUUCAUAAAGAUUUUGAAGAUAAUAUACUAUUUCAGAUUAAAAAGAAAAAUGAAAAAUAUGCUUGUGAGUGGGUUGUAUUUAUAAAAACAUCAGUUGAAGAAAUUAAAAAUAAUAUUUCUAAUAAAUACACAUCACAAGAUAUAGAUAUAAAUAAUAUUCAGGAAAAAAUAUUCUCAUGUAAAGAUAUUAAGGAGAUUAUGUUAAAGUAUGUUUAUUGUACUACAUUUUUUGAUAAUUAUAUAUUGAGUAUAAAAAAUGAACUUGAGAAAUAUUCUUUUGAUACAAAUAUAUCUGUUGAUGAUUAUAUAAGAGUACCUAACAAUUUAUGUAAGGGUAAAUAUGAUAAUUACUUAUCGUCAUAUAAAAAAAAUAAAGCAACCCAAGACAAUCAUGAUGUCUAUAAUGACAAUAAUAAUGUGUAUAAGAAGAUAGGUGAAAAUGAUCAUAAUAAAAUGAACGAAGUGAAUAAUAUGAAUAGUAAAAAUAAUAAUUUUAUAAAUAAUACAAUGAAUAUUAAAUGUAAUGGUAACAUAAAAGGUAGUCUUAGCAAUGAUUUUAAUUAUAAUGUAAAUGAUUCAACUUAUAGGAAUACACAAGGUAAUAUUAGUAAUAUUAGUAAUAAUAAUAAAAAUGAUAUUACUUAUAAUAAGAAUGGACACAAUUAUUCUUAUAAUACUAAUAAAUAUGAGUCGAAAUAUAAUAAAAUAAAAUCUUCAAAAAAUAUAGAUAAUGAUGCAGAUGAAGAUGAUUUUUUAGGUGAUAUUUUAUCAUUCAAAGGUUUUAAUGAGGAUACAAUAAAUUUAUCAAAUAAUUUAAAAAAUAAUAAAUAUGAUGGAUAUAAUAAUAAUAAUAAUAAUAAUUAUAAUAAAUAUUAUAAUUAUAAAACAAAGAAUAAUUCAUUUAAAUCCGAUGUGAAUCAGAAUUAUUCUUUACCUUUAAAAAUAAAUAAAAAUUUGAAAAACAAUUUUGAUAAUAAAAAGAUGAUUAGAAAUAUCAACCAAAAAGGAGAUGAUAAGGAAGCAUCAACAGGAAAUAAUACUAGUGAUGAUAAUGAUGAUGAUGAGGAUAAUAAUUAUUUUUAUUCUAAUAAAAAAACCGAAAGUGAUAUUAAAGUAUAUCAUAACGUAAGAAAGGAUUUUUAUAUAUUAAAUACUAGAAAUACUAAUUCGAACUUUUCGAAUUCUGAAAAUGAAAAUAUUAUGAGAAAAAAUUUAAUUCAAUUUUUAAAUGAAAAUCGUAAUAAGGUAAAAUCAUCUAAAAGCGAUUAUAGUGAAGAUAAUAAUAUAUUAAAUAAUCAAUAUAGUAAUAAAAGUAAAAAAAUUAAUCAAACAUAUAAUAAAAAUUUAUCCUAUAAUGGGAAUAUGUCAUUUAAGGAAAAUAAAACAUUUGAUAAAAAUAAAUUAUAUAAUAAAAAUAUAUCAUUUGAUGAAAAAGUGUAUAAUAAUAGUAAUAAAAAUUUAUCAAAUAAUGUAUUUAAUUUUUAUCGAAAAAGAAAUUUUAGUAAUAAUGAUAUACAUGAUUUUAUUAAUAUGAACAAAGAUAAUAAUGGUAAUAAUAAUAAUAUGAAUAAUAAUGAUAAUAUUGAUAAUAAUAAUAAUAAUAAUGUAGAAACCAACAUAAUGAAAAAUAUUCAGAAAGAUGUAUCAAUUCCUUUUUUUAGACGCUCAUUUUUAAAUGAAAAUAUAAGUAAUCAAGAUGCUUUUCCAAAUACAUAUCUUGCAGAUUCUAAAGGCAAAUAUCCAUGGAAUGAUUUAUUAAAUGCUUCUAUUGAAACUUUACAAAAUGAUAAAUCAAAUAAUAAUACAAAUGUAAAAUCAAAGAAUAAUAAAAUUAUAAGACCAAAGAAUAUAAAUGAUGAAAAUGAAGAUAUAGUGAAAACCUCUGUAAAUGGUUCUAGAAAAAAUAAUGAUCAAAAUAUAGAUGGUAAUAUAGAUAAUCAAUAUAUAAAUGGAAAAAUAUUGACACUAAGAGAUAACUAUAAUAUUGAUAAUAAUAUACAUAACAGAAAUAAUAAUAGUAAUACAACAACAUUUGGUAAUAUUAUAUGUCAAAAAAAAGAGAAUUAUUUAUUAAAUAAUAAAAGAAAUGAUUUAUUUGAGAAUCAAAAAAAUUCAAUUAGUAAUACAAUUGAAAAGUCAAAAAUAAAUAUAAAUAAAGGAUCAGAUUUAUUCAGUAAGAAUAAAGAAAAAGUUGAUAAUAAAAAUAAUUUAGAAUCUCAUUAUGAAUAUAUAAGUAGUGAAAUUCUGAAAUUUAUGAUUAAAUAUAAUGAAAGUUCAAAAAAUUUUAAAAUGGAUAUAAAUGAUAUAGAUACAGAACUUUUAAGUACUAGCAUAAAACAGUUUGUUCGUAAUUUAACAGAAAAAGAAAUGAAUCAAUUGAUAUGCAACAAGGAUUAUAUAUUUUCAAAAAUUAUUAUGGAAAGUUUAGAAAACAACGAAGCCAACAAAAAUGACAAAAAUGUUACAUGUGAUAAUAAAAAUGUUUUAGAGGAUAAUAAAAAUAUUACAAAUGAUAAAUAUAACAUAGAUAAUAAUAAUAAUAAUAAUAAUAAUAAUAAUAAAGACAUAAGAAAAAAUACAGAUCCUAUUCAUACCAAUGAUAAUAUAAAAAAUGAUUCACAAUUACGUAGUAGUAAUAAAAUCAUGUCCAAUUUUUAUAAAGACGGAAACACAAAUGAUAUUGAUACGUCAUGUAUGAAUAAAUCAUGUGAAAAUAAUGCCAACAAUAUUUACAAAAAUGUUUCAAAAAAUAUUACUAAGGACCAAAUUUUCAAUAAUAGUCUUAAUAGUUCAUAUAACAAUAAUAUUAAUAAUAAUAAUACAAACACUAAUAAUAUAAACAGUAAUUUAAAUAAUAAUAGUGUAAAUAAUUGUAUAAAUAAUAAUGGCAAAAAUAAAAUGAGGUCGUUGAAAUUGUCAAAUGAUAAUGUCAGUAUGUUGUAUAAUUAUUAUUUGGAUAUAUGCCAAGAUAAUAAGUCACAAUUAGAAAAAAAUAUACAAGAUGAUAAUAAGAUCAAUGAAAAUGAUACAAAUGAAAACCUUACCGAAGGUGUAAAUGAAGUAAAUAAAAAAGAAGACAAUACCCAUAUAAAUGAUACAAAUAAUAAUAAUAAUAAUAAUAAUAAUAAAAAUAAUAAAAAUAAUAAUAAUAGUAGUAGUAAUAAUAACAUUGAUAAGUUGGAAAAUAAAACAAAUGAUGCUGAUACAAUCUCUUCUCCAAAAAAAAAAAAUUUUAAAGAACAAAUAAAUUAUUUUUUUAAUGAUUGCUUUAAAAAUUUUAAAAAUUUAAAUGAUAAAAUUAAAUACAAAAAAAAUAACGAAAAUGACUCUAUUGUGAAUAAUGAUAAGAAGGAAGAAAAUAAUUCUAACGUGAAUGAAAAAAAUAAAGAACAAAAUGAUGAUAAUAUAAUAAAUACUAGAAAAGUAUCAUUAGAGGGUAAUAUCUUAAAUGAAAACAUCUCGUGUAAUGAUAAAGAUGAUGAUAAUUUAGAAAAUGAAAAAAAGACACUUAAUAAAUGCACAAAUGUAACAAAUACCGAAUGUAGUAAUAUGAUAUUAAACCGUGAUAAAAAUAAUGAUAUCAUAAAAAAAAUGAGAACUAGUGAUUAUACAGAAAGAAUGUCAUUUGAACAUUUUAAUAAUAAGAUAAAUAAUAUAAUUAAUAAAUAUGAAUAUAAACAAUGUCUGAAUAAAUAUGAAAGACAGUUAAUUAAAUUUGUACAGACUUUUAAGAAUAAUAAACAAGAUAAUAUGUCUUCACAAAUAAAUUAUGAUCAUCAUGAUAAAAAUAAUAUGAUAAAAUACAAAUAUGAUGAAGAACAUAUAUUAAAAGUAAUUUUAAAGAAUAUGAUGAAGGAAAAAUCAAAUAUGAAUAAUAUUAAUUCUUCUAGUAAUGAAUCGUUCUUUUCAUUUAGUAAUAGUAUUAAAGAUAUGGACGAUAAUGUUUAUGAAAAUGCUGAUGAUAGUGUAUAUGGCAAUAUCGAUAAUAGUAAUAAUAAUAAUAAUAAUAAUAAUAAUAAUAAUAUGUUAUAUGGUGCUAAUAAUAUAUAUGAUUAUAGUAAUCAUAAUAGUAGCAGUGGCAGCUGUAUUAAAAUAUCGAGUGAUAAAAUGAUAAGAUAUACAAAUAAUAAAAUAAAAGAAAAAUAUUCAAAUCCAAAAAAUAUAUAUCCAAUUAAACAAUCAUGUAGUGAUAGUAAUCAUUAUAUAUUACAAAAGCUUAUGAAAAAAAAAAGACAAAAAAGUUAUAAUAAUAAUAAUGAAGCAAAUAAUUUCUCAGUUAAUGAUAUUUUAUAUGAUAAAGACUCAAAUAAUUUUGAAAAUAGUAUUAAUAUAUCAUAUAAUAAAUGUUUUCAUAAAAAUAUAAAAAAUAUAACUAAUUCGAUUACUAAAAAUUGUUGGAAUAAUAAUUAUAAUAAUAAUAAUAAUAAUAAUAAUAAUAAUAUUAGAUAUGGAAAAAGAAAUGAAACGUUUGAAGAUAUAUCAAAUAAUACAUAUGGUUCUCAUAAAAAAAAUGACAAUAUCUUAAUGUUAUCGCAUUCAAAUAAUACGUUAUACUCAUCUUCUAAUAAUCAGAAUAAUAAAGUACCUAUUAUAUGUGAUGAUAAUGAUGAUAAAAAUAAAUUAAAAAAUGCUUGUGUAGGAAAUAUGAUUAAAUCUAAGGAACUUAAAAAUAAUUUAAAAUAUCCAAUGAAUAUAUAUAAUAAAUUAUUUAAUAAGGAUAGACAAAAAAUAGAUAUAUCACCAGAACAAACAUUAAAUCUUGUUAAAAGUAUACAAAGAGAAAGUAUGUUAAAUAAGGCUAAAGAAAUUAAUUUAUUUAAUGAACGUAAUAACAAAAAGAUAGGAGAUACAUAUGAUAAUAAGAAUAAAUUAUCCAUAUGUGAUUUUAAUAAGGAUAGAAAUAUAAAUAAUGUUGAUAUAAGAAAAAAUGAUAUUUCUAAUAAUAUACAUUUUUUAAACAAUAAUAGGAAUGAUUUAAUUAAUAAAAAAAUGAAAUUUAAUAAUAAAAUGGAGAGACGUUUGGAUAUUUUUGAAAAUUUUCAAAUAAAAAAUAAGGAUAAAUAUUCACACAUUUUUAAUGUUCAUAUAGAUAACAAAAAAUGUAGUAAUUAUAAUGAUUAUUUUAAAAUACAACAUUUAUUUCAUUAUGAUAAUAUAUUAUCAAAUAAUAAUAUUACCAAUAAUUUAAAUGUACAUAAUAUGGAAUAUAUAAAAAGUAAUAAUAUAAAAAAAGAGGGAGAAAAUUAUCUACUAGAAAAAUUUCUAAAUGAUGAUUUGAAGAUCUCUAAAAGGAAGAAAAAUGAAAAAACUCAAUUCAUGAUUGACAUUAAUAAUCUCAAUCAGAAUUAUAUUAAAGAAUUAUUAAUUCAAAAAAUGUAUUAUCAAAAGCAAUUUUAUAAUAAAAAUGAUUUCAUUUAUAAACAUAAAGAAAAUGAUAUAUUAAAAGAUAAUAUAGAUCUAGAGAAAUGCAAAUAUGACACUUAUAAAUCUGAUGUAUAUAAUAAUAAUUCUUAUUCUUCAUAUAAUUCUUUAAAAAUUAAUUUAUUUUCUUUAUUUGAUGAUAUGUAUGACAACUUUUUUAUAGACAAUUAUCAAGAUCGUGAUAAAAUGCUCAACAUUUUAAGUAUCAAUAAAUCCUUAUGCUACAAUCAGUUGUCUAUAUUUUAUAAAAAGAAAAUAUUUUUUCAGUACAAAAAAGCAAAAUAUUUACAUAGUAAUUAUAACGUGAAUGAAUCAUAUAAUGCUUAUAAUUUAUAUAUAAGUCAAACUAUGAAACAACACAGAAACUAUUACAAUUCUGAUAUAAAUAAAAAUUUAUGUGAAAAUUUAAAUAUAUAUAAAAUAAAAAAUGAAAAUGUAAAUGAAAGUAAAUAUACAAGUAAGGAUAACGAUAAAAAUAAAACGCAAAAUUAUAUUAAAAAUAGUUAUAAUAAUAAUAUUGUCAAUUUUGAGAAUGACAUAUAUAGUCCUAAUCAGAACGAACAAUAUAACGAAUUUAUAUUCAACCAUCAUAAUAAAUGGAAUGAUAAAAAAAAAAAAAACGCUUUGCCAUUAUCAUAUCAUAAUCAAUUUAUGGAUAAUAAAAUAGAAAAGAAUAUCAGAGAAAUAAAACAUAUCAAUAAAUAUUAUAUGAAAGAAGAAAUGAACUAUUUUAAGAAAGCUAUAAAAGAAAUGAAAAGGUUAAAAAGAAUUAUGUGUAAUAUUUUGAGAUCUCAAAGUAAUAAUUAUCUAAAUUUGAAUAUAGAUGAAAAGUUAUUAUAUAAUAUACAAAAUGAUGAAGAUGUAUCAUUUGAAUCAUAUUUAAAGGAUGAUAGUGAUGAUAUUGAUAUUGAUAUUUAUGGUUAUAGUCAUGGUUAUGAUCACAAUCAUGAUGAUGAUUAUAUCAUUAACUCGAAUGCAAAUAAUAAUUACAAUAUAUAUAAAACAAACCGUUUUGAUAAAAUCAGAGAAAAUGAUAAAUAUAAUUCUCAUCUCCAAAUAGAAAAAGAAAUAUUAAAUAAUACCAAUAAAUAUAACACAAAUAAAAAUUAUAAAAACUGCAAUAAAAUUGAUCAAAAUAAUGCCGGGAAAAUUAAUAUGAAUAAGAAUUAUGGACUUAUGAAAAAAAAUGGCACAUCCUCAAAUAUGUUACAAGUAAUUAAUAGAAAAAAAGAUGAUGAUCAGAAAAAAUUCAUUGAUCACAAUAAGGAUUAUAAUAGUGAUUAUUCUUUUGAUAGUGACAAUGCAAACAAGUUAAUAAAUAUAGUGUUCGAAUAUAAAAACGAAAUAAAUAACAAUGCAGUCAAAAUGGAUCAACAUAAUGACAGCAUUAUAAAUGAAAAACAUGAAGAAAUUAAAACAAAUAUAGAGUAUGAUAAUAAUAGCCAAAUGGAUGAUAUUCAUAAUAUAUCAACAGAACCGUUAGGAACAUACGAAUUUGAGGUGAAUAUAAAAAAUGAUGAGGAGGAAUAUAACGAAACGUUUAAAUAUAUUUAUGAAAAAAUUAGUAAUAUAAGAAAUAAUAUGUGGAAUGAAGAUAUGGAUAAUAUACAAAAUAAUGAAAUGAAACAAAAAUUAUUAAUAUAUAAAUGUAGAAAUGAUAAUAAUUGUCAUAUAUAUGAACAAAAUAUAAAUAAUAAUAUAAAAAUUUUAGAUACUGAAAAAGAGGAAGAUAUAAAAGAUAAGGAGAAAAAUGAUGAUAUAAAUAAAGAACAAAAUGUUAAUGUAGAUAAUGAUAUAAACAAAUGUAAUGAUGAUAUAUAUUAUUUUAAUAUAUAUACAAAUGUGUGGGAAAAUGUUGAUCUAAACGUUAGUCAGAAAUUAUUAACAAGCUUAAAAAUGAAAAAGGAUAUUAUAAAAAAAUAUUAUAAAAAUGAUCAGGAAUAUGAAAAUUUUAUAACCUUUAGUGAAUGGAAUGCUUAUAAUUUAAUCAUAUCAAAAAUAUAUAAAGCUUUAGAUAUGAAAAAGUUUGAAUAUUAUCAGAGAAGAGUUUAUGAUAACGAUAUAUUUAAAACUGAUUUUAAAAAAAGACGUGCAUAUGAUUUUGGAAUGAAAAUUAUAGGAAAACCACGUUCACGAAGAAAGACAAAAAGAUGGAAUAUUGAAGGGGAUAAUAAAUUGUAUGAAGAUGAAGUAUAUUCAAAAAAUUCGGAUGACUAUUCUGAUUUUAAUUAUGAUGAAUAUGUUGAGGAAGAUGAAGAAGAAUAUGAUCAAAAUGAACAAGUUCAAAAUAAUAAAAAUAAUGUAAAUGACGAAAAUAAUGAACAUGAAAAUGAACAGAAUAAAUAUGAUGCAGAUAAAGAACACCAAGAAAAUGGGCAUGACGUUGAAGUUGACGAUGAAGGUGAAGAUGAGGAUGAAGAUGAGGAUGAAGAUGAAGAUGACGAUGAAGAUUAUGAUGAAGAUUAUGAUGAGGAAGAUGAUGAUGUAGAUGAAAAAUGUCAUUAUGAAGAACAUAUAGAGAAUGAGGAAGAAAAAGAAAUAUCAGAAAAAAAGGAUAAGAAAAAAUGUACAUAUAUAAAAAAGGAAAAUCGUCAACAUAAAAAUGAUGGUGAUAAAAAUAAUAAUGAUCUUAUAUGUAAAAAAAAAAAUAUUGGUAUUGAAAAUUAUACCCUUGGCGAAGGUGAUUGUAAUAAAAUGAAAGAGUCAGAGGAUCUAAAAAUUACAUUAAGUUCAGUUGAAGAUGAAGAAAAAUUAGAAGAACACGAACCAAAAAGAAGCGAACGUUUAUAUUUAAGAAGAAAAAGAACUAGCAGCAUAUUAAGUACAAAUUCAACUGAUAACAGUGUUAAUAAAAUUAUCACUAGACAAUAUAAAAAAUUAAAAGACCAUGAAAAAGCUGAGGAAGAUUUGAAAUGUGUUUACCUAGGAACACGAUCAAAUAAGACAAAUAAUAAUAGAAAAUCACAUAUAUUUAAAAAACGAAUAAGUAGAAGAAAAAAUUCUAGUACAUUAACAUUUAAAAAACCACAUAUAUAUGAAUUAAUUCAAUUACCCGAUUAUGUAACACAUACCGAAUUGGUAAGUAGUAAGAAUGAGAGUCUUCCAACAUAUAUAUUACAAUAUGAACAAUUAAGAAAAAAUGAAUGUGUAUAUUUCAAUAUACAAAAUCAUUACAAUAGUUUUGUUAAUAAUGUAUAUCAUUUUGCUAUAAGCUAUGAACAAUCACUCAAACAUAAUGAAUAUCUUAAUAAUGCAUUAAAUAAUAUAAAAUCAAGAUUUUAUAUUAAACGUUUAUGUCUUAAAAAUAAUAAAACAAUGGAAAAUAAUAAUAUAUAUGAUAUAUGUAGUACAUAUUAUAAUUAUCUAUAUACAUAUGAUCCAAAUAAUAAUACAUAUGUAUUGCAAACAUCUAAUAGAAACAAUACAAUAGCAAGUAUAGAUAAAGGACUUAACUAUGAAGAAUAUUAUAGUAAUUAUGUAAAUGAUUAUUUACAAAGUCAAUUAUUAAAAAAGAAAAGAAAUAAGACAAAAAAUAAAGAAUAUAAUAAAUGUGCAUCAGAUAUAUUAUCUACUGAAAAUGAUUAUCCCUUAGAUAUUUCCAAUGAAUAUAUUGUUACAAGAAAAAUGUCAUCGAAAUAUUAUCAUAAUAAUUCAUUUUUAAAUGUAGAUUAUCUAGGUGUAAAAUCUAUUGAAUAUAAACAUAAUACAUCUAUAAUUAAUGAUAUGAAUUUUACAGACAAAAAUAAUUACGUUGAUUAUACUACAUCCUAUAUGGAUGGCAACAAUGAAAUUGGUUGUAAUUAUAAUUAUGUCAAUUAUUAUAAUAAUAAAGACGAUGAAAAUAAACCACAAAAUGAUAUAUCCUUCAGUGAAAAAACAUUAGAAGAGGGAGAUGAUGAAAUACAACAAUAG